AGAAAUCUGCGAAGAAGAAAUAGUGCAGAAGCUGACUCGUGUAUUUAGCGUGUACGUGGAGGUGGUGGUGAGCAGCUACCCAGUUAAAAACACAAAGACUCAAAUAAAUAAUGAAAAACGAAGGUAUAGAAGGGACUGAGAGGUUCCUUAGCCCCGAUAAAGGGAGAGGGCUUCGCGCUGUCAAGCACUUUGCUGUGGGAGAACUGGUGUUCGCCUGCCCUGCCUACUCCUACGUGUUGACAGUGAACGAGAGAGGAGCACACUGUGAAAAUUGCUUCACCAGAAAAGAUGGUCUUUCUAAGUGUGGCAAAUGUAAGCAGGCCUUCUACUGCAAUAUCGACUGUCAGAAAGGUGACUGGCCCAUGCACAAGUUGGAAUGUUCAGCGAUGUGUGCCUAUGGGGAAAACUGGUGUCCAUCAGAGACCGUCAGACUGGUGGCAAGAAUCAUUAUGAGACAAAGAGUCACAACAGAGCGCACCCCUUCAGAAAGACUGCUGCUGCUCACAGAGUUUGAAUCACACCUGGAUAAGUUGGACAGUGAGAAAGAAGAGAUGAAUCAAGGAGACAUAGCGGCACUGCAUCAUUUCUAUUCCAAACACAUCAUAGACCUCCCCGAUGACCAAACUCUCACUGAGCUCUUUGCACAGGUCAACUGCAAUGGCUUUACCAUAGAGGAUGAGGAACUCUCCCAUCUGGGAUCAGCUGUUUUUCCAGACGUAGCAUUGAUGAACCACAGCUGUAGUCCCAAUGUCAUAGUCACCUAUAAAGGCACAGUGGCCGAGGUCAGGGCUGUACAAGAAAUAAACCCUGGAGAAGAGAUCUUUAACAGCUACAUAGACCUGCUUUACCCAACAGAGGACAGGAACGAGAGGUUGGUAGACUCCUACUUCUUCACCUGCCAGUGUAAGGAAUGCACUACCAAAUCAAAGGACAAGGCUAAGAUGGCAAUUAGGAAGAAGCUUAGUUCACCACCCGAGCCAGAGGAAAUCAGAUCCAUGGUCCAUUAUGCCAAGAAUGUCAUUGAGGAGUUCAGGAGAGCCAAGCACUACAAGACCCCCAGCGAGCUGCUGGAGAUCUGUGAACUGAGCCAGGAGAAGAUGGGAACUAUUUUUGCUGAUACCAACGUCUACAUGCUGCACAUGAUGUAUCAGGCCAUGGGUGUCUGCCUAUACAUGCAGGAUUGGGAUGGAGCAAUGCGUUAUGGAGAGAAAAUCAUUCAGCCAUACAGCGUACACUACCCAGCGUACUCUCUGAAUGUGGCAUCCAUGUAUCUGAAACUGGGACGACUGUACUUAGGGCUGGAGAGGAAGACACAGGGUGUAAAGGCUCUGAAGAAGGCACUGGCCAUCAUGGAGAUUGCCCAUGGGAAGGAUCACCAUUAUGUUGAGGAGGUCAAACGGGAGAUUGAGGAGCAAAAGUAAUGAAUAAGUGAAAUGAGGAGUAAUGAAGAAAGAGGCACUGGAAUAAGGGGCCUCUCAAAGCAACAAAAGAAGAAAAACUUGCAACUGCACGGCAUGCAUCUUUAUACCUCUUUUUUUCUAAACUAUCGUUGUCCCCCUCCAUUUCUCCAUAUUUAUUUUGUCAGGUAUUCUUUGUUUGCUCCAAUUCUAUUUCUGACUGUCUACCCUCAUCACGGUCAAGAUGGUGAUAAGGAUGAUGUAAUUUUUCAUCUGCAGCUGUCUACUUCCUGUCUGAUCUUUGCUAAAAAACAGAAGAACGAGGGUCUUUUUUUUUAAUAAAAAAAAAAGAGGUUUUGAGUUUACCUUUGUACUAUAACGGAUGUCAUCAUUUCAAAGGCUUCUAAGUUGUCCUGCAGAAGUAAAAAUCUAAGGUUGUCCAAUCUAAUCUAAGGCUGAUUUCAACAUCUCUGUUGUUGCAUGACUGUCUUCACCCCAUUUUGCCUUGUCUUGAUGCAUGCUCAAUAAUCCAGGUAAGGAAAUCAAAGAAGGUUGAAUCAUGUUGUAUCCAGAUGAACCGAUUCAACCUUCUUUGACCCGUUUUGCUUUGUUUUUUUUAUUGCCCCCCCCCCCUUUAUUGGAAAUAUGAUCAUUUUUGUGCUCAGCAAAUUCCAUGACUACAGCCUGUGAAGAUAAUCAAAAUCUUAUACAGAUUCAGAAAUGCACCAACCUUAGUGGGAUCAAACAAUUUUCUUCCCCCAAUUCCUGCAGAAUUGACUUUUGGUGUAACAAGGCUUUCAACUGAUGGCAAAGAUGUAAAACCAUUUUCCAAGCUCACAGAAAGUUGAAUCAGUUCAUCUGGACACAACAUUUAUUGGGAGUAAUGUUUUAUCACUCAUCUAAGUGACUUCUUCAGUUUUAACUGACUGCAGGUAUCCCCACCCUUUUAAACAACACUGGCAUAACAACCGAAACCAAUGAUUUAUGCAACUUGAUAUGACCAUUAAACCGAUCGCAGUUGCGGUCGUGAUGCCACUGUAUUGUUUAUAAGGGUGGGGAUACCUGCAGUCCAUUGAGACUGAAAAGUGAUCUUUUCAGUCUCAAUGGACUGAAAAGUGAUGAAACGUUUCUCUCAAUAAACAUGUCCAGAUGAACUGAUUCAACUUUCUGUGAGUUCCUUACAUGGAUUAUUGAGCACGCAUAAAGACAUUUUCCAAGCUGUUGUGUUUUUGCCAGUGUUUAUUUCCUGCUCAGUCAAGAAUCAUUCACCAUGUUCUGUGGUUCUAAUCCAACCCAUAAACAGACUUGUUUGGCCAUUUUUUAAUUGCAGCCAUUUUAGCUCCAUAACCUUCCUCCAGUGCUGUUGUCCUAUAACCUCAGAUUCUAUACCAGCUGUUUUUGAGAAUUAAACAUCUUACAAUGGUUAUAUUA